CGCAGAGUUUUCCCCUGCAUUUGGAAUUGGUUUUGGCCCGCCCCGGUGCUUUUAGAGCACAAUGACUUCGCCACCUGAAGCUCCAAAUCCCCUUCGCCCGUACUACGUUCCCCCUUCCAUUGGGCUGCCUGCUGGGCAAUCGGUCUCGAAGAUCUCGCCCAAUGGGCCUCCAUCAGCGGCAUCAGGGAAUAUAACCAGCUUCGGGAGUUCUGCUCGUGAAAUCUUCUCCGAUUUUGAUUACUCCGAUUACCUGGGAGAGUCCUCUCCGUCGGUGGCGGAGUCCAUCAAACAGCUUCUCGAAAGCGCAUUAUGGAGAUAUUCCCGCGUUCUGAUAUCACAGCCCUUCGAGGUUGCAAAGACGAUUCUCCAGGUUUACGUUGUUCAAGAUGAACAAGAGAUAAGGGCGCUGGACGAGAGACGGGGACAGGAUCGAAGUUAUAGGGAGAGCAUCUACACAGAUCAAUCUUCAUACUCAUCUGACGAUGAGGAUAGCUACUUUGCACCAGCAGCACCGGCUGCCUCCGCUUCUGCGUCGCGUACCCGCCGCCCGCCUCAUCGAAUUACGGAUCGGGGUGGUUACAUCCCGCAGUCCACUAAGCCCGGCUAUAUGCUUAAGAUCAAGGACCCCUCUGCCCUCUUUGAUGUACUUGCACAGCUAUGGACAACAAAUGGACCAACAUCUAUUUGGAAGGGCUCGACUUCGACAUUUGUCUACUCUUUACUCCUUCCGACUUUGAAUACGUUCAUUCGAAGUCUUCUUUCAGCGAUUAUCGGCUAUCCGGAGGAUAGCUUCUCGACCAUCCUUGAAUCCGAUAUCUUGACAUCUACGUCUCCAGGAGCUGCUUUAGUCCUUACCUGUCUUUCGGCAGCCCUGGCUUCCAUCGUGUUAUCCCCCGUUGAUACCGCAAGGACAUACUUAAUCUUAAGCCCCGUGGGGCACGGCCCGGGUUCGCUUUUCAGAGCUAUCCGUCAACUUCCCACGCCUAAUUAUCUAAUUCCUCCCCAUUUACUCCCAAUUACGAUCCUCUCCUCCACGCUUCCAACACUACUCGCGAACAGUACCCCACUUUUCCUCAAAUCCUAUCUUUCUUUGGACCCGGUCCUUAACCCUUCAAGCUGGGGCCUCUUUACUCUCAUGGCUUCCGGUCUGGAACUAGGAGUACGCAUUCCACUAGAAACAGUUUUAAGGCGAGCUCAAAUAGCGACCUUCACGUCUCCGGUGUUGAGGCAGCAGAGCAUCACACGUACUACUGUAUCCGCGUCAUCGUCUUCACAAGAGAACGUCACCUCCGCUAUACAAACGGUUGUACCUACACCAGACACAUAUCGUGGUAUCGUUGGGACAAUGUGGAGUAUUGUCUACGAAGAAGGCACGGACGGAGGGGCUGAAGCUGUUGCGAUUGAACGAGUGUUGGGCCGGCCGCCAGAGCCUACAACGGCCGGGCCCGCGGGCAGAGUGCCGAGACGCCGCAGGGGCCAGGGAAUAAGGGGUCUUUAUCGCAGCUGGCGAUUAGAGAUGUGGGGUAUUGUUGGAAUCUGGGGCUCCGGGUUUCUGGGAGCUCUUCUGGGACCUGGUGACGAGGAGGUGCUAGUAGAGUCUGGAGCCGCUAUGGGCCUUGGGCCUGUUGGCGGUCGAGGGAGUGCUGGGGCCUUUUAGGCCGCCUCAUAUCCGGUUUUGCGCUGCUGCAUCUAGUCGAAUGCAGCUGUAUCCUUUUACUGAGAUAUCCACUACCACCAUUCAGCUCCUAUAUAAUCGCGUGUCAGGGGGGUUUUCUAACCCGGUGGCAUAUUCCUUGUUGGGUCUCGAACUUUCUAGCGAAGUACGAAGAGCCAGGUAUAUUCUCCAGUUUCGUGUGAGUUUUUGACGACGAUGGUGUGUUUUCCACAGUGUACUAUUAGCAUGACUUUGGCGCGCCCGCUCGACAUCAUCCCAGCUCCCCUCAACUUCCUUGCUCUUUUGUAAGGCACUUCUACUUUCUGUUUUUUGACUUGUUCUUCUGCUCCCCCGUUUUUUUUUUUUUUUUUUUUUUUUUUUGUUUAAUUUUUUUUUUUAAAAAAAAUUGGAGGACUCAUUUAGAUCGGACGGUGUUGAGAAGCGCAUAUUGUUUUUAAGAUUACUUGGGCGGCAUAAUUGGAAUUCUGAUGAUUUCAUUUCACA